AAGCGCCAGGAGACUCGUUCUCUGUCUUCCGUCAGUGAAAAACAAGGGUAGGGACCGGCCCCAAAGAUCACAUUUCCUCCGGAUGGCCCUUCCAUCAGAGGACUGGAGGGACGUGACAACACACGUAGGCAGUACUUCCAGGGUCUUAUAAUUCUCCCAUACAUCUUCUCUCACCUGGCUACAGCAACUGGAACACUCUAUUCAACCCGCCAUAGAGCCUUCAGCCCCGUUCCCAGAAACGUGCGCUUGCGCAAAAUUUUAUACGUCAUAUUGGAGCGCGCCGACCGCUGAGACUUCUGGGAAAUGGAGUCUGUGAGGAGGCCGAACACUGUAAGCGCAGACGUCAGAGUCUUUACGCAGGCGCAUUGCUUUUCAGACCUGAAGAGGCGCCGUCUUCCUGGGUACCCAGCACUCUGUGCAGGAGAAAUACUCUGAGAACCAGCAGUAGGACAAGAGAAAACAUAAGUGACUCCAUGUGGAUUUGGUGGACUUGGGAAGCCCUGAGUAUCACGGGGAGGCUACUGAAGCGACUGCCAGGGGAGGGAAGUCAGCCUGGCAGGGAUCCCACGAAUAAUGAGCACCUCGGGAGUAUUGGCUGGUUACUGAAUGGCUGGGGAGCUUUUAUGCCCACCACCAUUUGUAAGGACUCUGCCCUUUUCUACAAGGAGACCACACAGGAGGGAAUGGCUGCUGUGUCUCCGACUGCCGGAUGCCAGGAAUCAGUGACAUUCGAGGAUGUGGCAGUGAUUUUCACAGAUGAGGAGUGGAGACAUCUAGUCCCUAAUCAGAGGGACCUCUACAAGGAGGUGAUGCUGGAAAACUAUAAGAUUAUUGUCUCAUUAGGACUUCCAGUUCCUCAAUGGGACGUCAUUUUUCAGCUGAAGAGAGGGGAUGAGCCUUGGGUAGUUGAUCUUCAAGGAUCUGAGGAGAGAGAAUGUCCGGAGAAUGUCUCUCUAGACCGGAAGACUAAGCCCGAGAUUCAUGGUCCUUCAGAAGGAGAAGAAUCAGAAGGAAUGGGGAGGGGAAAGCUUCGAGGAGAAGUUUCCGUGUGUCCUAAAUUCGACGCUCAUGCACUGGAGGGUGAGUCGGAAGCAGGGAAGGAGAGGCCUGCCGUCCAGACCUGCAAGAAGUCCCUUUCCCAGAAGGAAAGCUUGCAGCUGGGGUCUACCCCUCUCAAGAAAAUCCUCACUAAAGAGAGAGACCAGGAAUGCAGCCACUGUGGGAAGACCUUUUUUGACCACUCAUCCCUUACCCGCCACCAGAGGACUCACACUGGAGAGAAGCCCUAUGACUGUCACGAGUGUGGGAAGGCCUUCAGUCAUAGGAGCAGUCUCAGUAGACAUCUGAUGUCUCACACGGGGGAGAGCCCCUAUGAAUGCAAUGCAUGUGGGAAGGCCUUUUUCGACCGGUCAUCCCUAACUGUCCAUCAGCGAAUUCAUACUGGAGAGAAGCCCUUUAAAUGCAGUGAGUGUGGAAAAGCCUUCUUCGACCGCUCAUCCCUUACUCGACACCAGAGAAUCCACACCGGAGAAAGCCCUUAUGAAUGUAAUCAGUGUGGGAAAGCCUUCAGCCAGAAAAGUAUUCUCACUCGACAUCAGCUCAUCCACACCGGCAGGAAGCCUUACGAAUGUAAUGAGUGUGGGAAAGCCUUCUACGGCGUGUCGUCACUGAACAGACAUCAGAAGGCUCACACUGGAGAGCCUCACUAUCAGUGCAGUGAGUGCGGGAAAGCUUUCUUCGACCGUUCAUCCCUUACUCAGCAUCAGAAGAUUCACACCGGAGACAAGCCAUAUGAGUGCACCGAAUGCGGGAAAGCCUUUAGCCAGAGAUGCCGGCUCACGCGACAUCAGCGAGUGCAUACAGGAGAGAAACCCUUUGAAUGCAGCGUGUGUGGGAAGGUGUUCAGUUCUAAGUCGUCCGUUAUUCAACACCAACGGCGUUAUGCCAAACAAGGAAUAGACUGAGUUGGG